AUGAGCACAGUUUCAUUCGGAGAUAAGAGUAGAUUGAUCAUUAAGAACAUUCCUAACAGCCUUGAUAAUAAGCUGCUGGAUAAGCUCAUAAGUAAAAAAUGUAGAGACAUAGGAGUAACAAAGUGCGAUUUGAAGCUUCUAACAAAAGAAAAGAAGGUGAACAAGGAAGUUAAAAGGGUAUCUAGAGGGAUCUGCUACGUAGGAUUCGCAUCGGAGAAGGAUGCAACAAAAUUUAUGAAACACUACGAUAACUCCUAUUUUAACUCGUGUAAAGUCUCCAUAGAGUACUCAAAGUCCCCGGGAACAGUAGAAAAGAAGGAAGAAAUAUAUAACGGAGUGGAGAAGGUGAAGGCAAAGGAAGGAGGCAAGGUGGUAGUGGAAAAGGAAGUAAUGCCGAGGAAAGCAGGAGUAGCCGCAAAGCAAGUGCACAUAAAGUUCGACUCAGAAGACUCGGAUAAUAAGGAGUCGGAGGGAGACGAGGAUUUUAUAGACCGCAGAGUUGAAAGAAAGAGCGUAAGGAUGGAACAGUUGGAAAAGAGAGAUCGAAAGAAUAGAAAAGAGCUUGAAAGUAGGGAAAAUAAGGACAACGAGCACGUGAGUGACGAGAAGGAAGUAGACAUGAAUAGAGUGGUAAUAUUUAACCUGCCGUACUCAGUGACCGAGGAGGCGAUCAGGAGCCUGGUGAAGCCAUUUGGGAAGGUGGAGCAGAUACACAUACCGUUGCUCAAGUACGACUACAGCGACCCCUCGAGCAUGGAAAGUAGAGCGACAAAGGGAAUGUGCUACGUGACAUUCUGCUUUGAGUCAGACGCAGUGAACUUCGUGGAGCAGAAGAACAAGUCGAUCUUCUCAGGAAGGAUAAUAACAAUCGCGCUGGCGAAAAGUAAGCACCAGGAGGAGGAAGGGCCGGCAAGGGUCGAAAAGUACCACAACAAGAGGAGGAACGAAGAAACGUACUCGAAGUUUAAGAUGAAGAAGAGGAAGGAGGAGAUAGGGAACCAGGACAUCUGGAACGCACUGCACAUCGACAUACACGCAGCAAUAAGAACGAUAAGCGCAGAGCUGGGAGUGAGCUCGGAGGAGAUAUUGAAGGGAGAAGAGGCAGGAGUUAACGUGGCGCUCUCGGAGUCAUACAUACUUAACAAGCUGAAGAAGUGGCUGGAGGACCAGGGAGUAAACCACGAGGCGGGAGACUACGACCAGGAGGACCUGCACGAAGACACGCUGAUGAUCAAGAACCUGCCGUACAACGCGGACGACAGGGAGCUGAUAAGGCUCUUCGGAAGCUGCGGUCAGAUAGUGCGGUUCGCAACGUCGCCGUAUAAGCUGCUGGGCCUGGUGCAGUACAGCAACAAGCACGAGUGCGAUAGAGCUUUCAGAACUCUCUCGUACAAGAUGUACAAGAGCCUGCCAAUAUACCUGCAGAGAGUGGCGAAGAAGCUGCUGCCGAACAGCGCAACGAUAAAAACAAACACAAAAUUGAUAGAAGAGGCCAGAGAAGGAAUGGAGUCAGACCACGUUGAUGGUAGAAGCACGAGUAGUGGAACCAGGGUAGGAGGUACUGAGGAUGUAGGUCAAUCGGACUUGGAACACACUAGUCGUUCACGUGAUGAUAAGGAUGCCACAAACUACAGAGGCGACGAUGCCACUAACCUCGACCCUGACGACGAUAAUGAAGAUGAGUUUACCAAGGAGGAAGAGAACAAUAGAAUAGGGCACGUUAGCGUAUACGUGAGUAAUAUAGACGCUAGCGUGGAUGAAGAGGAGCUGGAAAAACACUUCGCAAGUCUGAAGGGAUACGUUAUAUCGAAGAUAAUAAGACCAAUACAAGGGGGCUCGGACGAAAGUGAUAAAAGUAAAGCGGACAGGCCAAGAUACGGAUUCAUAGAGUUCGACAGCAUCGAAAACGCAAAGGAGGCUAUAAAGAGGAGAUGCGGCACAGUCGUAGCAGGAAAACUGAUCAACCUGGAACUGUCGAAAAAUAAGCAGACGAUCAGCAAGCACAGGAAAAAGAAGGAAGGGGGACCGACGGAGGAGAACGACGUGAUCAUAGUGAAGAACCUGCCCUUCCAGGCGACGAAGAAGGAGCUGAGCGACCUCUUUAAGCACUACGCGAACGUGAAGACGGUGAGGCUGCCGAAGUCAGCGGGAAACACGCACCGAGGCUUCGGCUUCGUGGAGUUCAUGUCGAAGAGCGACGCGAAGACAGCGAUGGAGAACCUGAAGAACGUACACCUGUACGGGAGGAGGCUGGUGCUCCAGUACGUGGAGAACACCAAAUAA